AUGAAGAAGCGGUCAAAGCAACAGACCUCAUACCCUACAAAGAGGUCAGCAAUGGGAAGCGGCUCUAGGCCCUCUGUAGGGAAGAGCUUUCCACCUGUACGUAGAAAUCAGACGACCCCCUGCACUAAAUGUGGUAAGUUGCAUGGAGGAGACUGUCGAUCGGGAAACUCGAGUUGUUUCAAAAGCGGGAAAACCGGACACUUCAUCAGAGAUUGCCCUAUGAACACUGCCGGAGGAUCAAGGCCACAAGGAGGAGGAUCUCAGCAACAAUACCCUGCUCAAGCUCGGGUAUAUUCACUUACACCUGGAGGAGUCGAUGAUGAAGAAGGAUUUGCAGAUGUAGUGACAAGUACUGUCCCUUUGUUCGGUAGUCUAGCAUGCACUCUUUUUGAUUCUGGAGCUAUGCAGUCGUUCAUAUCAUCCACAUAUGUUAAGCUUUGCGGUAUUAACACCCAACCCUUAGAACAAAACAUAAAUGUGAUUACUCCUGCUAGUGAUGUGAUAAGAAGUCAGUAA